AUGACUCGACAUAACCUUCAAAGUCAUAUUUCUUGGUUGAUUAAAAACAAAGUUACUACCCCCGCCGGAGUUCAAAUUCCUGCAUUUGCAGAUACGAUUGAAUCAGGAUUCGCGAAUUUGGAGAGUUUCGAAGGGGAAGGUACCGCGCAAGAAAUAAACAAUACGCCAAUUGCUCCGAUUCGAAAUCGCCGGGUUGAAGAGAUCUCCAAUGUUGUGGCGAAUUCACACCCACCUCAUCCCCGUAUACUUACUCCGAUAACACAAUCUAUACCAGUGCCUGGGGAUGAAUUGGCAGAUCCGGAAAUGGGAAAACUCACAUCAGCGCGAAAGACGAAUAGGCCAAGUCUCAUAAGUCAAAAUCAACAACUUGGAACCCCUUCCUCCACGGCCAGUUCCUCCCUUACAAGAAGCUAUAAGCUACAAUGUAAUGAAAAUGGCACUCCUUCCAGACCCAUAUCUACAAGAGAACCGAGCGGUCUAACACCUCGUCCAACUCCUCGCCCAGCUCCGUUGCCGAAAAGCAGAGUCAAUUUCGACAAUGUGGAAUCAAUAGAUUUGACCGGGGACGAUCUGAUGGGAGCUCCUAUCGUAAAUUCUUCUAGCACAGUGGAAGCCUUUGAAGAUGCCUCUGUUACUUUGUGGGAUGAGAGGUCAGCAUCCAGACCAGAACCUUUAAAGAGGGCGAAGAAACGGAAGAGUGAGGAAUUAUCUAUGUUACAGUCUCCCCGAAAGUCUAAGAAAGUACCGGUACACGUAACAGAACUGCAAGACGAACAACACGAUUCGUUUAUGGACAUUGACGAACUGGAAAUUCCAGGGCUAUCAUUUCGAGAUAUCCUUCCCGACUCUCAACAAACAAUUGUCCCACGCAAAGCAGUAGAGGAAUACCCUGAUCUGGAUUUAUUGGAAGAGGUUGAUAUGGUCGAAGACAUGAUUUCUCAGGGCGAACGUGCGAAAUCUAAGAUUCGAAGCCGACAAAACUCGGAGAAUAUUGUUAUGGACAGAAGACCAACACGAAGAACGACCCCUGUUCCCAUGAUCAGUUCUCGAAAACGUGUUACACCUCUUAAGGUGCGACAUGUUUCGCCGAUUCAAGUACAAGCGUCUCCUGCUAUUGAAAGUCGGGAAAAGCGAGUAACAAGGACCCCGUCACCCCUCACACAUCGUAGGCUUAAGAAAGAAAUUUUUGACUCCGACGACGACGACAUCCCGUCAGAGGUAGAGGCAAAGGUGAGCUGUUCGCCAUGCCCACCAUCGAUAAAAGUAUCGAAUGGAAUCCGUAGCACGCCAGAAAAUCACACAAUGCCCCAAAUCCAAAUGCACGAGAACAGUGAAGUAACUCCCGCCAAGAAGAGAUUUACUAGCCCACUACAGUCGAUAUCACAAAAUGCAUCAUUCCGUCAAGAGAACGAGCCAUCUCCUUUCCAACGGGAUUCUCCUACAAAGUAUAUGGCUUCACAGACUUUACCCCAACGAGGUUCGAGUCAGGCCUCAACAGUUUCUUUAGGCUUCGAAGAAAAAAGAAUUGUGAGCUUGUAUCUGAAGAAUCCAACGGCACUUACACCUUUUCAGAAACAUCUGGACAAUCUUCUCAAUCAGAAUUUUGAGGCACUUCAAAUCUAUCUUGAGGAUGGCGAGCAUCCUCCGGCAGACAUAGUAGCUGAGCGAAAAUCUAUGCUGGACCAGAAGAAGGCCUUCGAAGCUCUCGCGGAGAAUUUGCAAGGACUUCAGGAUCUCGCUUCAAAAACAACUGCUGCUUUACAAAGUUUAUAUAUCCAAGGUGAAGAUAAUGGAGAGUCUGAGGUGCUGACUAGUGAACUUUUGGAGAAAAAGAAAGAAUGUUGGCGUCUACUCGAUGCUUCUGGCGCAAUAAACUACGGUUUCGGGGCUGUCCCGUCUACAAGGACUCCGCUUUCCACCCAUACUUCAAGUGCGGGUGCAGGUGGACAAGUCGUUCUACAGACCCAGAUUCCGUCUCUUUCACAUCAAUCAUCAGGCGCAACGAGAUGCUCUACGCAAGAGCGCACACCAUCUAACUAUCAGAAUCCUGGUAAGUCAAGGGAACAAGAGCCUCGUCUUGCUCCACCAUCUUCUAUGAGACAUACGUCGCCUGCCAGAUCAAUGAUUCCUGCCAGUAACUACUCGAGGCCUGAUAAUUUUGUGAAAAGGCCGGACUUUUAUAGAGAGCCUUCCCCGACGGACUACGAUUAUGACGAGGACCUUAUCAAAAUGCUUGAAGACCAGGAAGAUUUUGCGAAAAGGACUAAAGUAGCUGAUGAGCAAUUUGAGGAGAAUGUGGCAGAGGCAGAGGAAGAUUAUGGGGAUUUCGAUGAUGAUGACGAUGAAGCUAUUCUUGAUUUGACACAUCAAAUUGAGCAAAGUAACUCUUUCAAGCCAUCUUCCACGAAAUUAUCUCUCAACGCAUCUUUUCAAGAUUCAUCACGAGACUCAUCGAGAAGUUCAAAGCGUGGUAGCCUGAAGUCAGACAAACCAAGAGAUAUGUAUUCAGUUGUGGACUCUUCUCGGGCAGAUAUGUACAGUUAUGCGUGGUCUAAUGAUGUCAAAAAGGCACUAAAGGAUCGUUUUCGCUUAAAAGGCUUUCGACACAACCAGCUGGAAGCAAUUAAUGCUACCCUAGCUGGGCGUGAUGCAUUCAUAUUGAUGCCAACUGGUGGCGGAAAAUCCCUGUGUUAUCAAUUGCCUGCAAUUGUACAAUCGGGCAAAACGAAGGGUGUUACAAUUGUGGUUUCUCCUCUUUUGGCGCUUAUGCAUGAUCAGGUAGAUCACCUCCACAAACUUCGCAUUCAAGCAUAUCUGUUCAAUAGUGAAUCAACUCAGGAGACAAGACAACAAUUGUUCAAUGGUUUAAACGAAAGAAAGCCAGAGCAAUUUGUCGAGUUGCUAUACGUCACUCCAGAGAUGAUUAACAAAAGCAAUGCUAUCCAAUCGAAAUUGGAUGAUCUCUAUGCCAAGAAAAGACUUGCUCGUAUUGUCAUAGACGAGGCUCACUGUGUGAGUCAAUGGGGUCAUGACUUUCGACCAGACUAUAAAAACCUUCACGAGCUUCGCGAGAGAUAUCCCGGCGUGCCAUUCAUUGCAUUGACUGCGACUGCAACAGAAAGAGUAAAGAAGGAUGUGAUCCACAACCUUGGUAUGCAAAACUGUGAGCAGUUAAAGCAAAGUUUCAAUCGACCUAAUAUCUACUAUGAGGUUCGACGUAAAACAGGAAGCAUCCAAGUCGUGGUCGCAACGAUUGCCUUUGGUAUGGGUAUUGACAAACAAAAUGUGAGAUUUGUCAUCCACUAUUGCCUUCCCAAAACGUUGGAAGGCUAUUACCAAGAAACUGGUCGAGCUGGUCGAGAUGGCAAACCGGCUGCGUGUUUCCUCUACUAUGGGUUUCAAGAUAGUCAAAUCUAUAAAAAGAUGAUUGAGAAGGGGGAAGGUGGUCCAGAUGUCAAAAACGAGCAGCGUCAAAUGUUGGAAGCUAUGGUGCGAUUUUGUGAUAACCGCAUUGAUUGUCGCCGAGUGCAACUACUGCGAUACUUUGGCGAGACCUUCAAGAGGGAAGAUUGUGGUAAUUGUGAUACAUGCAAUUCCAAUGACACUUACGAAGAGCGCGAUUUCAGUAGCGAGGCCCGGAAAGUCAUCAGUCUCGUUAGUAAAGUUCAAGGCAAUUUUGCUAUUGGUCAUUUCUCAGCUGUAUUGGAAGGCAAGGCAUUAGCAAAGAUCAAAUCCGAAAACCAUCACGAACUUGAUGAGUUUGGCUCACUAAAAGAUAUGGGGAAGAUGGAGAUUGAACGACUCAUUGAGAAGCUCAUCCAGUUUGGAGGUCUGCAGUUCCGCGCCAUUAAGAACAGGGGUGGAUUUCAUAAUGACUUUGUUUUUCUUGGUCCAAAACAUAGGCAAUACAUGUCCAAAAACUUAAGGCUUCCCCUGCAAACUAGAAUAUCGACGUCGCCUGCCGCAGCUUCACGCAAGAGCAUAAAGAGCAAAGCCAAAAAGCAAGCACCGCCACCGUCUACAUUACUUACCUCGCCAAUAACUCAAAGUCAAACCCGCUAUAGUAGAAAAGGCAAAGAACGACACAUUGAAGAUGAAGAUAUAAGUGAUGACGAUUUUCAUCCAAGCACCUACCCACAACACGACCCUCCUGCUUCCGACAGUGUUGAAAGCUCAGAGGUGGAGGAUUACUUCGAGCCGACGAGGGGAAGUAGCAGAACAAUGCGCGGCAAUAGACAAACCAGUCGCAUUGGGCCACCCAUCACGGUCGAUGAGGAAAUGGAGAGGUUAGAUCCAGUACAUCAAGAGGUUGUGAUUGCUUUCGUUCGGGACGCUAAGAUGUUGGAAGAAGCUCUCAGAAACAAGAACAAUCACAGGAAGCCCUAUUUCACAGAGGUCGAGUUCAGACGGAUGGCAAUUCGCUGGACAACAGAUACCACUCUGAUGUCACAAAUACCUGGAAUUGACGAAAAUAAUGUAGCUUCGUAUGGCAAGCGAUUUUUGAAGUUGUUAGAGGAGAGAAGAUUGCAUUAUAACGAGAUGAUGGAUCCACAUUUCAAGCCAGAUAAGAACCAUCUAAUAGUAAACUUGGUGAGCGAAGAUGACGAGAGUGGAAUGGAAGAUGAAUACGGAGACCAAUCGGAAGAGCCGUCCCCGUACUUUCAGAUCGAUCCAGCAGUGCAAGCAUUCAAUGAGCGAAUGGAAAUGGCAGCCCAAGUUCCAAGGACCCAGCCAACACAAGCUGAAUCAUCGAAAAAAUCAUAUCAACAAGGCUCUAAUGGUAACAAGUCAAAACCUCGAUUUAACAGCAGGCGAAAAGGUGGUGGUUCGACCUCAAGUAGGGCAGGGUCAAGCAGUGGUGUUACAAAGAAGCGAGCACCUGCGAGCAGCAGAAAAACUAGCACGGCACCGAAGGGGUCAAUAAUGGCUCAGUAUGGGAGAAGUGGUGGUGGUGGUAGUAGCGGUAGUGGGAUAAAUCCCAUGCCGACAUGA